AUGGAGUCCCAAUCCACACCUCGCAUCACUGCCCCCUACCUCGACGCCUACCAAGGCCGCAAUGUCAUAGUCGUCGGUCGCGUCGUCCAGCUUCGAGGGGAGGCCGCAGUCAUUGACGCGGACGGGAACAUCACUGCCCACCUGAAUCGUGAAAUCCCGACCAUGCAGGAAGCCCACCUUUCCAACGGAAACGCCGUACAGAUCAUCGGCAAGGUCAAUCCAGACCUGUCCAUCCGGGCGUUAAGCUCACUGGACCUUGGUGCUGGCGUCGACUUGAACGUCUAUCAGCACGUGGUAGAUGUCUCCCAGAAGCAUGACCAGCUCUUCGGCGCGGGCUCCACCCACUGA